AUGAAGUCGGAUUUCAAGUUUUCCAAUUUAUUAGGGACUGUUUAUCGUGAGGGUAAUUUAAUAUUUACUGAUGAUGGAACAAAACUAUUAUCACCAGUUGGUAAUAGAGUAUCAAGUUUUGAUUUAAUUAAAUCUGAAUCAUUUACAUUCAAUUAUCAACACCGUAAAAAUAUUCAUAAUAUUGCAUUAAAUAAACAAAAUACUUUAUUGAUUUCUAUUGAUGAUGAUGGUAGAGCAAUUUUGAUCAAUUAUGUAUCAAGAGUAGUAUUACAUCAUUUUAAUUUUAAAUCAAAAGUUAAUGAUAUUAAAUUCAGUCCAUGUGGGAAAUAUUUUGCAAUUGCUAUAGGUAGAUUUAUUCAAAUUUGGAAAACUCCUGAGUCAACAGAAGAUAAACAAUUUCAUCCAUUUGUUAGAUAUAAAACAUAUCUGGGACAUUUCAAUGAUGUUUUAAAUGUUACUUGGUCAAAUGAUUCAAGAUUUUUAAUAAGUUCAAGUAAAGAUAUGACUUGUAAAAUGUUUUCCUUACAUUCUGAUGAAAAAGAUGUUGCUAUGACUUUUUCAGGUCAUCGUGAUUAUGUUAUUGAUGCAUUUUUCAGUAAAGACCAAGAAACAAUAUAUACUGUUUCUAAAGAUGGUGCAUUGUUCACAUGGGAAUAUACCGAACGUCCUUCUGAAGAAAGUGACGAUGAAGAAGAAGAUGAAGAUGAAGAAAAACCAAUGAGUUGGAGAAUCACUGCAAAGAAUUUCUUUUAUUCUGAUGGGAAAUUAAGAUGUGCUACAUUUCACCCAGAUUCAAAAUUAUUAGUUGUGGGUUUCACCAAUGGGGAAUUUAGAAUUUAUGAAAUUGAAGAUUUCAAUUUAAUUCAACUGUUAAGUAUGGGUCAAAAUGCUGUCAAUACUGUUAAUAUUAAUAAAACUGGUGAAUGGUUAGCCUUUGGAUCUUCUAAAUUGGGUCAAUUAGUAGUUUACGAAUGGCAAUCUGAAUCUUAUAUCUUGAAACAACAAGGACAUUUUGAUUCUUUGAAUACUUUGUGUUAUUCUCCAGAUGGCUCUAGAAUCGCCACUGGUUCUGAAGAUGGUAAAAUCAAGAUUUGGGAUAUUCGAUCUGGAUUCUGUUUAAUGACUUUCACUGAACAUACUGCUUCUGUUACCCAAGUUCAGUUUGCUAAAAGAGGUAAUGUUUUAUUUUCAAGUUCUUUAGAUGGUACUAUACGAGCAUGGGAUUUAAUUAGAUUUAGAAAUUUUAGAACUUUUACUGCUACUACAAGAAUUCCCUUCAAUUGUUUAGCAGUUGAUCCAAGCGGUGAAGUUGUUGUUGGUGGAUCACAAGAUACAUUUGAAAUCUAUGUUUGGUCAGUUCAAACAGGUCAGUUAUUGGAUAGUUUAACUGGUCAUGAAGGUCCAAUUUCAUGUUUGACAUUUGGUGUGGAGAAUUCCAUCUUGGCUUCAGCAUCAUGGGAUAAAACCAUUAGAAUUUGGAAUAUUUUCAGUCGUAGUCAAACUGUUGAACCAAUUGAUAUACAAAGUGAUGUAUUGUGUCUUGCCAUGAGACCAGAUUGUAAAGAAUUAUCUGUGCUGACAUUAGAUGGACAUAUUUCCGUUUAUGAUAUUGAAGAUGCCAAACAAUUACAUUUAAUUGAUGGUAGAAAAGAUAUUCUUACUGGUAGAUAUUUGGAAGAUAGAUUUACUGCAAAAAAUUCCAACAGAGGUAAAUAUUUCAGCACUAUUGCUUAUUCAUUUGAUGGAUUGACUUUAUUGGCUGGUGGUAAUAACAAUUCCAUUUGUAUGUAUGACAUUGACAGUGAAGUUUUAUUGAAAAGAUUCAUUGUUUCUGAGAAUAUGUCACUUGAUGGUACUUUACAAUUUUUGAAUAGUAAGAAAAUCACUGAUGCUGGUAUUAACUCUGAUUUGAUUGAUCGUGAUGGUGAAUUGAGUGAUUUGGAAGAUAGAAUUGAUAAUACCAUUCCUGGUUCACGAAGAGGUGGUGAUCCAAGUGAACGUAAGACCAGACCAGAAAUCAGAGUUACAAGUAUUGGAUUUUCUCCAACAACAACUGCGUUUUCAGCUGCAUCAACUGAUGGUUUACUAAUAUAUUCUAUUAAUCAAGAAGUUAUCUUCGAUCCAUUUGAUUUAGAUGUUGAUGUUACUCCAGAAGCUACUUUGGAAUCUUUGAAUGAAAAGGAAUUUUUGGUUGCUUUGGUUAUGGCAUUCAGAUUAAAUGAAAGUUAUUUGAUUCAUAAAGUUCUUGAAUCUAUUCCAUUGCAUGAUAUUCAAUUAGUUUGUCAAGAUAUACCGGUGAUAUAUGUUAAUAGAGUUUUGAAUUUCAUUGGGGAGUUGUUAGUUAAGAAGGAAUCACCACAUAUUGAAUACUAUUUGAUUUUUAUUAAAAAUAUAUUAAUCCAACAUGGUAGAUAUAUCAGUGAACACAAAUUUGAAUUCCAAGCAUCAAUGAAAUUGUUGUCUAGAUUUUUAAAUAAGACUGCUAAAGAUGUUGUCAAUAUUGGUAGAAGAAACGAUCAUUUGUUGACAUAUUUAACUAUCAGUAAGGACUUGAAACAACCAAUUGAAGUAGAAGACGAUGAAAAUAGCGGUGAAGAAGAUCUGGAUGUUGAAGAUAUAGUAAUUGAUGAAGAGGAUGAUGACGAAGCAGGAUGGUUAGGACCAAACGAACAAUCAGUCAAAGCAUCUAACGGUAUUAUUUUCACCGGUCCAGGUGACGAUGAUAGUGAUGAUGAUGAUGAUCAAGAAGAGUUGAUUGAAGUAUAG